AUGAACUGGAAGGGCAGAGCUGGGGGAGGGGGAGGAGAUUCUUCUCCAAGGAGCACAGUGUCGAGGAAAUGGACGUUAUUCCUCUGCCUCAGCAGCUUUUGCUCUGGUCUUCUCUUCACGAACAGGUAGCUUCGCCUUCUACACCAUUUUCUCCCCCAUACCUUCUUCUGGGUCUUCAUGUCGGGGUGCCUUUUGCAUCUGGGGAUUGCUCGUUUGACGAUAAUUUGUAGCUUUCGAAAGGGAGAAAGUUUGUGUGUGUGCGUGUGUGUGAGUGAGAUAGAGCGCGAGAGAGAAACAGAGACAGAGAGAGAUUUUAUGACGACGCAGAUGUUGCUGAUCACCUAGGAACAUGAACCUUUAGUUUCUCAAAUUCCAUCUCCUCUUCUCCGCACCUUUGUUUUUCCUGCCCCCCGGGUGAAUAAGAAUCUCUCACGGAUGACUUAGAUCUGGAUUUCUCUACAAUUUCGAUAUAUUGUUCGGGUUGAAGUAUUUUUCCCCUUGAAUAUGUGUGAUGAUAAAGGUCAGCCACUGAAAUGUCGACUUCUAUCUUUGCAGAUCAGAUUUAUCUGACCCCCUCAUCUGCUUCUGCCUUUAAAAUGUCGAUGAAAAUGACUUUUUUCCUUUUUUUCUCUCUCUCCAUCUGUGGUUCAUUCUGUUUAUAUAAUAUAACAUAGAGGUUUCUCCGGUGUAAUUUGUUUUCUUGAAUGUUUUCUUUUCUUUCUUUAUGUGUUUGAUACAUGUGGCUAAUGUUAUUGAACCUGAAAAACGGGUUCUGGCAAUGGAUUGUAACGAAUGGAUGACUGUUGCAGCAUGCAUUGUCGGUAUAUCAGAGGAUUAAAGAAACAAAAAUUGGUAUUUUUCUCUGAAUGACAGCUUCUCAUUAUAUGGAACCAUUAGGGUGGCUUGCAAUCAUUUUUCGUCAAUUAUGGUGUGCAUGUCUGAAACUCAGUAGAUUUCGGUAUCAGUUUUGGUAUUUUGUGCUCAGUGCUCUCAAGUGUUUCCAACUUUGCAAAGAGUUCCCAACGCACAGAAGAUGAUGUUCGUCCUUAUUAACCAUAAAAUAAUAAUAUAUUUCAUUAUUUUUUCUCAACUAAUUGAUGCAUAUGUUUCACCCUUUUCUGAUUACAAUAACGUUCGAUAUUUAUAAUCAUUGUAUCUUAUGCGAAUCCUUGACCGUGGAAUAAUCAUUGAAUGUUGAUGACAGAAUAUGGGCGGUACCUGAAGCCAGAGAGGUUACCAUGCCUGGCAGCGUACAAGAGGAUAAGAUGCAGCGAGCCUUAGGAGGAUGUGAUUCAAAAUCGGUAAGGGUUUCAAUGUCAGUACCACUCACAAAGUUUAAAGAUUUGACCGCACAUAGUUGUCUUUAUGUGGCAAUGUUCUGGUCUUGUUUAUUGAUUUUAUAUUGUUCUUCUCAUCAUCAGACAGAAGGAAAGAGAGAUCCAAAGGACAUCCUAGGGGAAGUAUCCAAGACCCAUGAUGCUAUACAGUCAGUUAGCCAAAUCCUUGCUCCAUUUCAUUUCUCACUAUAUAGUUUGUUUCCAACCUCACAAAAGGCUGCAAAUGCAGGACGUUGGAUAAAACGAUUUCAAAUUUAGAAAUGGAAUUAGCCGCUGCUAGAGCUGCACAGGAAUCUAUACUGAGUGGUUCUCCAGUGUCAGGAGAUCAAAAAGUUGCUGAAAUAGAUGAGAGGAGGAAAUAUCUUAUGGUUAUUGGAAUUAACACAGCCUUCAGCAGUCGUAAAAGAAGAGAUUCAGUUCGAAUGACCUGGAUGCCUCAAGGUUAAUUAUUUUUAUCCUUUCUCUAAAUUAUAACUUAUCAGAAUGAUGCCUUUGAUUCGAAAACUGAGAUUUUAAAAUCGAUGAGACAGGUGAAAAAAGGAAGAAACUUGAGGAAGAGAAAGGCAUCAUUAUUCGCUUCGUUAUUGGUCACAGGUGAUGAUGCCUUUCUCUCUUGUGCUUCAACUCUUGGACUCAGUAGACAGCCCCCCAACAAUUUAUAUAUCGUUUUUUCUAGUUUUAUUUGUUGACUAAAUAAAUAACGUAAAAUGCACAUGUCUAACCCAUGAAAUGUUGGGCAUCAUCUCAAUUUGCUGAAUCUGCACUCAUGGCAGAACUGCAACAUUUUAUUUCAGAUGACCAUGGACAUAUUUUCAAACCGAGAAAUUUAUGAUGACAUUUGUUAUUAAUGCAGCCUUACAUACUGUCGGAUGUCUUAUAGUUUUGAUAUUUAAACUGAAACUGAAUUCAGGAUUUAUCUAACCAUGGACGAUAACUUUUCACAUCAAAUCCUUGAAGAUCUUUACGGCCUUACCAGCCACAAGGGAUGAUAUUUAAAUAAUUCAUGAAUCAAUUUCUGCUAAAUGUUUGAGAAAACCAUCUGUUCAUUUUCUUGUCAUAAGUGGACUCCCACUAAACAAUAGCUCAUUAGGUUAAUCUCGUUCCUUUGAAGAGCCUGAAAAAGAUUCCUACUGGGUUUCUGGGGACUGUGGCAUGAUAAUUUUCGUACUUGGGGGGAGCUCUAUAAGUUCGAUGAUUGGAUGACUGGCAAGAAAUGCUUACAGUACAUGUUCUCUUUACGUAAGAUACUCCUCUCCCUUUUUUUACUUGAUUCUAACCUCCAAGAAUUGAAGGAGUUCCAUGCUUGUCAAACUCAAGAAUAGAAACUGAAUAGGAUUAAAGGAUAGUGCUCCAUCUGUGUGUAGUCACACAAGUUGACUUGAUACCCUUUUGAUCAUUCUCUAAUACCGUUUUAGGGCUACAGCUGGAAGAGUGGAUUCUCAUGAUGUGAUCUCCAGAUGAUAUUUUCACAUGAGAAACAUUGAUUCAGAUGCUCAGUGAUAGUGAGUCUGUGUCAACAACGACUUCAGGCCCAUCAGAUUGUUUUCUCUGGUUCCUUUUUUGAUCCAGACUCGGAUUUGACAGAAAACUCGGCCCUGGCCCCUUUUUAUACAGCACAAGGAAUGUAUUAACAGAAUCAAUCCUCAAUAGGGAAAUAUUAGUGAUACCUAAUAUUGGCAUCUCUGUCAUGGAUCAUUUCUUUCAUUUGUUCCUAUAAAUAUUAAAGGGAGGUAUUUGCAACAUAUGGAAAUCUAGCCCCAAAAUCUUGAAUGAAAAUGAUGUGGUGCAAAGACAAGUUUAAAACUGGUGGCGUACAUAAAGAACAGUGGAAAAGCUCUUGUUCUAAUAUGAUCUUGCAGUUGGUAUAGAAAUUCACUCUCUAAAUACUCAUUGAUUAUUUAUUGAAUUGUUUAGGCGGCAAUUUGUAAUUUUGUAUUUAUCAUCUCAUUAAUGGCAAAUAAGAGGGUUAAUCUUUUUGUUUGGGUUCUACCAGUGCUACAGCAGGUGGUAUUCUGGAUAAGGCCAUUGAAGCUGAAGAUAGAAAACAUGGAGACUUCAUGAGGCUUGUAAUAUUUCUUAGAUAUUCCUCCUGGUUCCAUUUUCUUUGUGUCUUCUUGAUUUCAUGUUAGUACAUUAUGCAUUAGACAUUCCAGGAUCUUAAUGCAGUUUGGAUGUUUUUAUUGAAUCAUAGUGUAAGGUCAGUCUACAGUAUGUGCUGUUGUUCUGCAAAAAUUAUAUUUCUGCUUCUGAUUUCUUGUUGCAUUACUACCAGGAGCAUGUCGAAGGAUACCUUGAAUUAUCUGCCAAGACUAAAAUUUACUUUGCAACUGCUGUUUCAAUGUGGGAUGCUGACUUCUACAUCAAAGUUGAUGAUGAUGUUCAUGUAAAUAUUGGUAAGCUCAGUGCUAUCUGAUAAGCUCAUCCCUACUCAUGGGAAACCGAUCCAUUUUCUGAGCUCUCUCUGGGUUAAACGACCCAAAAAUUGAUCAGCUGAAUAAAUGUAUUGCACAUUUUUUGAUUCAUACUUCAAAAAUUCGAUUGAUUCAAUUAACUAUAGGCAAUAUAAAUGCAUCUAAUGGAUAGAAAAAUAGUGUUCCACUCUUUUUGUUAACAGCGUUCUGAGGAAGGAGCAUAAAGCUAUUUGAUUAUUGGUAUAUUUAAAGAUAUGGAGCGAUAUAUGUGACAAUUUGUAAAUUUACGUUCAAUUCCUCAGCACCUGAUUUAAAUGAAAUAAAACUAGUUAUGUGAAAUAUCUACCAACUAGGCUGAGGAUUCGUUUCUCUUGUUACAGUAUAAAUGAAUUAGUAAUUACUUCUGUUUAUGUAAUAUUGUCGAUCAAGCUAUUAUUGAUGGUAGCAUCUUAGUGCGUUUUCGGAGCUUAUUUGUACUGGGCUUACGUCUAUAUCUGAUUUUGUAUUACCCUGGCUCCUAUUCGCGUAAAAAUAGAAGGGAAGAGUAUUUUUCAUCAGAAAUUACGUUUUCCUGCUCUCAUUCAAGACAGGCAAUUUACUGCAGGCAUUUUUUACUGAUUUCUAAGUAAUCUUGCAGCGACACUGGGAACUACAUUAGCCAGAUAUCGGUCAAGGCCCCGUGUGUACAUUGGUUGUAUGAAAUCUGGACCUGUCCUUGCUCAGAAGUGAGUUUCAGAUGAACACAACUAGCUUUAAAUGAGUGAGAAAAUUGUAAUUUAUCGUGCUCAUUUUAUUGAACCAGGGGUGUGAGGUAUCACGAACCUGAACACUGGAAGUUUGGUGAGGAAGGAAAUAAAUACUUCCGACAUGCUACUGGUCAACUAUAUGCUAUUUCGAGGGACCUGGCUACUUAUAUAUCCAUAAACCAGUUAAGCCUUGAGUACCAUUGGAAGCUUGUCCAUUAACCAUUGAUUGUCACUGGUUGUACAUUGACUGUAGUAGAUAUUGAUCUAUUUCUUCAAAACCAUGGCAGGCAUGUUCUCCACAAGUAUGCAAACGAGGAUGUUUCCCUUGGGUCCUGGUUCAUCGGAUUGGAUGUGCAGCAUAUCGAUGAUCGGAGACUUUGUUGUGGCACCCCACCAGGUAGGCUUAUGUCAGGAUAGUUUAAUCACAGGGUAAACCUGCGAUGAAAAUGAAGGGUCUGUUUCAGUCAUACGCAUGGAUUUUGAGUGAUAAGAAUCAAUGGUUUAAUAUGAUAUGAACGCUCCAGGUUCUGUCUUGGCCCUUCGGUCCUCUUGUCUGUUUUGCCACAUGCCAAGGAUUUAAUUGAUUUUAUGUUGGACAGCCGAUUUAUUUUCAUGUUCCUUGUCAUCUUUGUUUUAUUUAUUCAUUUUUUUGCUCCUUUUAUUUUAAGCAUAGUUAUGUAUAAAAUAGCAAGGUUUCAUAUUUAGUCCUUGUUAUUUCUUUAACCAUUGCUAUGAUUAAUGAAGGAUAAAACUGGCAUUCGUUCAUUCUUCUGCAGACUGUGAGUGGAAGGCCCAGGCAGGCAACAUCUGUAUUGCCUCAUUUGACUGGAGCUGUAGUGGCAUAUGCAAGUCUGCAGAUAGGAUCAAAGAGGUGCAUCAACGCUGUGGGGAGGGUGAGAGUGCUCUGUGGAAUGCAGUCUUCUAA